GCAUCAACUUAACACCAAUGUGAGUGCAGCUCAUAAAACAACCUGCUAGUCUGCAACCAUGCCAGGCCUGAUUAACAAGGCAAAGCGCAGUGCCCUGCCACUCAGCAUCUCUGACAUCACUUCCUGUGUCAGGGGCUACACCCUAGCCAUGACAGCCUCCAUGACGUAUGAAAACAUAGAGGACCAUCCCAUAGAAGGGAUUUUCAUUUACCCUCUGGAGGAGGGAUCAGUGGUGGUGGGCUUUGAGGCGAUGAUAUCAAGUCAGAUAAUAACACUGCAGAUCAAAGACAAGACAAAAAUCGAUGACUGCUACUUUGACUGUGGAACAGCGACCAGUGGAGCUGGUCAUGUGCUGCUUGACGAGGAUCUUGAGAGGAUGGUGUUGGUGGUAAACCUGGGAGUCAUACCCCCUCUGGAGACUGUAAAUGUGUUAGUCAGCACUUCAUCAGAGCUCACCACGCUUCCUAACGGUGGAGUCCGAGUCACCUCGCCGGCGGUCUGCACCCCCAGAGUCCAGCGGUCCAUCAAAGAGGAGCAGGCUUUCUCUCCUAACACAAGCAGAAAGCGAGACAGACCCCACUGUGCUGCAGGUUCUCACGAGCAGAUGGCUUCAAACAAUCAGCUGUGUCUGACCUGGCUACUGGAGGAGGAGUCCAUCAACUCCAUUGAUUAUGAAUUCAACUUCCAGCUGGAGAUUAGAGGACCAUAUCUACUGGCAGGUGUGGAGAGCCCUUCUCAUGCCAUUCGGGCUGACGCUGACCCAUCCGCCCGCUCGGCCACCAGCAUUGUGGUGACCCUGGCAGACAAAUACACUUAUGACUGUCCUGUGGAGAUCCUUAUCUACCCCAGUGAGCCACAUCUGCCUCAUGUCCUUAUUGAGGAUGGAGACAUGACACCAGAGGAGUACGAUGAACAUCUAAAGGGAAGAAGUGACUAUAUCAAGGCCACCAAGAAGGACUCCAGCAAUGAAAAGAAGGUUGGCAUUAUUCACAAACGACUCCAUAAGGACAUCCUGCACAACCCAGUGGUCAUGCUCAACUUUUGCCCCGACCUGAAAUCCAUGACCUCUGACCUGCGUAGGGUGCAGGGGGAGUUUAUUUUUCUGAUCGACCGCAGUGCAAGUAUGAGUGCAGUCAACUUCAGCAAAGUUAAGGAUGCCAUGGUGGUGAUUCUGAAAAGCCUGUUCCCAGCCUGCCUGUUCAAUAUUAUUGGAUUCGGUUCGACAUUCAAAGCACUGUUUGGCACCAGUCAAAGCUUUGACGAGGAGAGUUUAGCUACUGCUUGUGAAUAUAUAAAGAAGAUGCGAGCUGAUAUGGGUGGCACCAACAUCCUGGCCCCACUGAAGUGGAUCCUAAGGCAGCCACUACAGCGUGGUCAUCCUCGCCUGCUCUUCCUCCUUACUAACGGCGCCGUCAGUAACACGGGGAGGGUCAUUCAACUGGUCCGUAGUUACGCCCGAUUUGUCAGGUGCUACACGUUUGGGAUAGGCUCAGGUGCUUGCAGGCGUCUCAUUGAAGGUCUCGCCACUGUUUCUAAAGGAGCUGCAGAUUUUCUGGCAGAAGGAGAGAGACUGCAACCUAAGAUGAUUAAAUAUCUGAAGAAAUCAAUGACACCUGUUUUAAGUGACAUUUCCAUCGAAUGGCUCUAUCCUGAGACCAAGGAGGUGUUACUGUCCCCAGUGGGAACGACGUACCUCUUCCCUGGUGACCGGCUGGUUGGAUAUAGUGUGGUGUGUGAUACCACACGCUACCAUUGCAAUCCCAAAUCUGACAAGCGACGGCGCUACAGCAUGAUGCGCUCAAACGAGUCAGCCAGCUCUGUGUUUUACCACAGCCUGGAGGAGGAAGCUGGGAAGAGCGGUUCAGAUGGGCACAGCAAUGCCAGGGACACACCGAGCAACACCUACCAGAAUACCAUGUCUGAGAGCAGCCAAGGUGUUGUGGAACAGGAUGGCAUGGGGGCUGAUUUAAGCACUUCUCCAAGAAGGCGUGCAUACAGCACCAAUCAGAUAGAGGACAAUAAUCCUCUGAAGAAGGUCUACACUCUCAGUGAUCCAAGCUCAGCAGUGGGAAAAAACCCUCUAAGAAGAGCGAAGGUCCAGGAGCUCAUCGUACAGACGAGCCCCGACCAUGGAGCCCAGUGGAACAUGAACUUUCAGCCUCAGCUGGCCAGCCUGUGUGACACAUCCUGCAGAGGGCGAGAUGUGACUGGACACAGAAAUACACCCCCUAAUGGGACCCAUGGAGACACAGCGCCAGAUGAAACCCAGGCUGCACAGAAUGGCUCAAAAUCCUCCACUGACAGCACAGGAGAGGCAGAUGGCUACGCUCAUCAGCUCUGUGAAGCAGAAACGCCUCAAGACCCUCAUGCUGGAGACUUCAACACCAUGGGCAAAAGUAAAGGAGAUUGUAAGGUGGUCCUUUCAGGCCUGCUAUGUGGGAAACCUGUGAAAUGGGAGGUGUGCUUUGACAUCGAGCCCUACCUAAACGGUCGAGAACGAGAGGAAAAGGUUCACGAGGACCUGUGGAACGAGACCUUUCAUCAUCUGGCUGCACACUCCAUUAUUCAGGACUUUGAGCAAAUGGCAAACAAGGAGUGUGAGAUUGAACAUGGUUCUGGCAGGCGCUACCAGCUGUACGCCAUCCAAACCAGUAAAGCUUGCAACAUCCUGAGCAAAUACACAGCCUUUGUGCCUAUUGAUCUAGACAGCAAUGAAUAUUUACCCACCUCUGUUGAGUAUCUACGCACUGGUAAGUCACAUCAGAAGGGCUCACGCUUAAGGUCUCACUCAGGAAGCAGGAAAAGUCGUGGUUAUUCUGUGGGUUCGGGCCGCUUACACUCCAGCUGCCUGCCCGAUGAAGAGGAACAAACACCACUGACUCUUGAAGACGGUGCCUCCCCCUGUAGCACUCCCUCAUCGGCUGGAUGGGAACGAUUCAGCUUUGCAGAAGCCUCCCAAAGGAGUCCGACGAUGACCUCCGACCAUGCACAGAGAUCAGUGGAAAGCCUCUUCUCUGCCAGUAAGUUAAGCCUCACUAGAACACGUCUCCUGACUAAAGCAGCAAGAGGAUUCAUGUCGCGAGCACAGAGUAAAGCAGAUUCUGUAGGGGAGAGUGAUAAUGACAACAAGGACUACAUCCCUCUGGUUUCUCUGCAGCUAUCCUGCGGUGCAUUCAUGCUGGACAGUGCCUUUUGCGAAGCUAUAAACGUCCCCAUGGACAAGUUAAAGUGGACAUCACCAUUCAGCGCCCACAGACUGAGCCUGAACCACCCAUCCCACUCCAGCAGCAGGAGAACUGACAGUCUGGAGGUCCACCACAGCUGCUCUCCUCCACACAAAGACUCUGAACUCAGCUCUGAAUUUGAGGACAUGCCUCGCAGUCCUCAAACUGAAAGCAGCACCUCUGGUUUUACCGACGUGCUACAAUCUCCUAGUCUCUCACAGUCCGCCAGCGGCCGGGGGUCUGAGUUAGGGAGCACAGAGACACCGAUAUCACCUGGAGUUGCGCAGAGUGUGGUGAGGGAACCUGAGAGCAUGGUGUGGGCGACGGCAGUGGCGCUGGCCUGGCUCGAGAACAACUCAGCCAGCUACUUUAUCGAAUGGGAGCUGAUCGCAGCCAAAGCCAGUCUGUGGAUGGACGCGCAGGUGGUGCCCGAGGGUCGAGAGCUAGCGGCGGUCAAGGCUGCCGCAAACCAGCUUUUCAUUAUUCUCAGACACUGGGAUGAAAAUCUGCAGCUCAACAUGCUGUGCUACAACCCCAACAGCGUCUGAUCAUAAAGACAAAAUUCAGAUGUGGAAGCUAUGCUACUGGAUAUACAGUAUAUGGACAUAUCAUUUUGUGGGAUAUUAUGACGUACAUCUUUUAACUGGGGAUAAGCGGUAUGAUGCUGUACAACACAUGAUGGCAACAAUGUGUUUACUGGUGGAGAUUUUCUACUGUAACUAGCUAAAUCAGCUGCAUUGUGCUGAAAAUGGUGGGCAGAUGUGCAUUAUUCAAUUUCAGUGUGAGAACAACCUAAAAGCAUCAUAAAAAAAGCUCAUUUAAUUUACACUGGCUGUGUUUCAAACCACAUACUAAUGUAUCAACUCAUAUAAUUGACACAUAUAGCUGAUGCAACCUUUUCAGUGGUAUUACAAAGUACAUUAUUUGGCCAAAAGCAUGUAGACACUCCAACCAGUGAUUAAGUUCAGGUGUUUCUGCCACACCCAUUGCUAACAGGUGUAUAAAAUCCAUAAUCUAAAAUCAGCUAAAUGCUUCCAACUUUGUAGCACUGUUCUGUUCCCAAUGACUGUUCCCCUGUACCCCAUAAAGAAACGGUUUGAUGAGACUGGUGUAGAGGAUCUCCAGUGACCUGCACAGAGCCCUGACUUUAACCCUACUGAACAUCUUUGGCAUGAAUUGGAUUGUCACUUAUGAGCCUGGCCUUCUUUUUAAACAUCACUGCCUAAUGUUGCACAAAUUCCCAUAAAAUCUUCCCAAGAUAAUGGAGUUUCUUGGGGUUGCAAAUACCUAUAUAUUCCUAUAGUUUUGGAAUGGAAUGGAACAAGUUCUUGGUCAGGUGUCUGCAUACAUUUGGCCAUUCUGUGUAUCUGUAAGUAAUAACAAUUCAGCAUGAUCUCUAUAAUCAUGAUCAGUAUUACGUGUUAAGCAGUUUAUGGAAAAUAUUAUUAAAUUGAAUUUAAAAUUACCUUUAAACAGUUAAAAUGCCAUAUUUUCUAAAUGUGUCAUUAGCAUCCAGCUACAGUAAUUAUUCCUGAAAUGCCACAGCGCUCCGGUAGCAUCUAUGAGGGGUGAGUCUCAUUAAAUGUUGUCUUCAGGCUGUGAAUGUGUCAGACAGACAUCAUAAAUCUGAAGAUAAUGUGAUGGUAAAUUAUUCAUAACUGAGUCUAUAUGCAAGCAAGUAAAAGACCGUGGCAGCUUCUGUGUGAAAUGUAGAACAAAUGAGUCUGAUGUUGUUUAUUUCAGUUGGCACGUCCAUUCAGGGAUGUCCAGUGUGAACGUCUGGGGCAUCUUAUGGUUUGUUAGUAUUUGUCUGUCUUGCACACCGAAGCUGUCUGACUCUGAGCUUUUUGUGUGAAUAUUUUGUUCAUGGACUGUUCGAUUGCUGUUUGAUGUAAUGAUUAGUGCAGAACUUGUCGCCGCAGCUACACAGCUUGUCUACUCGGCUUUAUUUGCUGGUCGUCUGUUCUGUGGUGUUUUUACUGCUUGAGGCACUGUAGGAUCAUAUUGGUGGGUAACACAAUAUCUGGCGUUAACCUACAUUGGACCUUUGACAUAUUUAUAAGCAUUGCAUCAAGAAUAUAUAUAGUGUUUAUGAAGCUUUUUUAAAGAACUUCUAGGGUUUGAUGUACUAAGCUGUUGGUCAUUUGGUUGAUCAUCUCUCCUUAAUAAAGGAUCAUAUCUCAUUAUACUGUAUAUUCUGUUCCAUUCUAAGAGUUGGUUAAAUUCUUCCUGAUGUCUUCUGCCUCCGGAAACCAAAUGUAAAUCUGCUCUUUUCAUGGGGCGACUGCCAGGUCACCACAUUUUGGAAUCAAGUUACUUUGUAAAUUGGACAGAAUUGUAUCUGGACAUACAAAAUGUAUUUUAAAUCAUGCAUGAAAUCCUACUGGCCAUAAACAGGGAGAAAAUGAAACUUCUCAUAUCCACUCAAGUAUUGACAAGUGUUUCAGCACAGCUUUAAGUAUGUUUUAUGUAAAGCUUAUAAAUGUGCUAUUACGGCCUAAUGAAAAUAUGAUUCAGAUAAAGUGAUUUAACAAGAUGUCAUUACUGCUGAAGUUAUUGCUCUUCAGUAUUAAGUGCCUGAACCACCUACCUUUUCAUCACCAGUGAAACUUUGUGGGUUAUUUGCAGCUACUUAAGUUUAAAGCCACGUAAGUUUGUGUGUGUGUGUGUGUGCAUGCAUACUGUUUACUAGUGUAUUUACAGGUGGCAAAUUUAAUUUUGUAACAGGAGUUAAAUGAUUUAAGAGACUUUGAAAGAUGGUUUAUUAUAAGAGUACAGCAAGCAGGAGUGUUGGUAACAAAGCUUUUGGAUUUUAAAUGGCACGUGUUUCAUGGCGUACACCAAAAACAGCUACAGACUUGAAUUAUUGACCCCUACAUUGAGGGGAUGUGGUAGCUCUGUUUUCAGCUCUGAAAUCAAAUCAGUACAGUGUCAUUCUAAUGAAUCACCUGUAUAAUAUUAUUACUACUGUAUAAUAAAAUAACUAAUAAUAACAUAAUGUAUAAGCUUUCAGUGUGGUGGCAGCAGUUGUUUAUCUUGAUAAGUAUUUGUAUAUCUGUGAAUAUCCACUUGCAGAAUGCUUGUUAUUGUUUUAUUGCCUUAAAAUGUGCCAAAUUAUAGAUGAGAAAAAAAUCAAGAUCAAUGCUCGGCUGUUCGUUGUUUGUUUUUCCUUAAACUGUAACCGUCACUCAGGUAUUGCUCAUGUGUAGCUUUGGUCUCUCUGGACGAGCAUGACCAGACUCUCCUCUGUUAAUGCAUGAGCACAGGUUUGAGAUCUCUCUUCCAUCUCUGGCUGAGAAAAAGCCUCUACCGUUGUGUGGAAUUCUGUUCAUGAAUGUAGCCUCUGACUCGUGAAAACUGAACUGUGUAAAGGUUAAUUUUGUUUUGAAUGUGGCCGCCGAGAGCUUGUCGGCUCACUGUAAUGCUGCUUGUGCAAUGACAGAGUAUGUAACUGCAUGUAAUAAAGUCUUGCUGCUAAGUAA